AUGCUAGUGCCCCUCACUCCCGACCCGCAGCCCCUGCCAGCCCAGCCCUGCCCCCCCAGCUCUGCCGGUGCCCCUCACUCCCGACCCGCAGCCCCUGCCAGCCCAGCCCUGUCCCCCCAGCUCUGCCGGUGCCCCUCACUCCCGACCCGCAGCCCCUGCCAGCCCAGCCCUGCUCCCCCAGCUCUGCCGGUGCCCCUCACUCCCGACCCGCAGCCCCUGCCAGCCCAGCCCUGUCCCCCAGCUCUGCCGGUGCCCCUCACUCCCGACCCGCAGCCCCUGCCAGCCCAGCCCUGCCCCCCCAGCUCUGCCGGUGCCCCUCACUCCCAACCCUCAGCCCCUGCCAGCCCAGCCCUGCCGGUGCCCCUCACUCCCGACCCGCAGCCCCUGCUAUCCCAGCCCUGCCCCCCACCCAGCCCUGCCGGUGCCCCUCACUCCCGACCUGCAGCCCCUGCUAUCGCAGCCCUGCCCCCCCCCAGCCCUGCCGGUGCCCCUCACUCCCGACCCGCAGCCCCUGCCAGCCCAGCCCUGCCCCCCCAGCUCUGCCGGUGCCCCUCACUCCCGACCCGCAGCCUCUGCCAGCCCAGCCCUGCCCCCCCAGCUCUGCCGGUGCCCCUCACUCCCGACCCGCAGCCCCUGCCAGCCCAGCCCUGUCCCCCCAGCUCUGCCGGUGCCCCUCACUCCCGACCCACAGCCCCUGCCAGCCCAGCCCUGCCCCCCCAGCUCUGCCGGUGCCCCUCACUCCCGACCCGCAGCCCCUGCCAGCCCAGCCCUGUCCCCCCAGCUCUGCCGGUGCCCCUCACUCCCGACCCGCAGCCCCUGCCAGCCCAGCCCUGUCCCCCCAGCUCUGCCGGUGCCCCUCACUCCCGACCCGCAGCCCCUGCCAGCCCAGCCCUGGGCUCCCCCUUCCCCUGUAGCUCACCGCGGUGAGCAGACUCCAGCGCAGACCCCAAGGUUAAUUCAAUGUCUCCGUUUGUCUCUGGGUUUCCCCCUCCGCCUCCCUGGCUCUCUGCGGGUCUGUCUCUGCACAGAGCCCGGCUGGCCGCUCCCUGCUCCGUCCCACUUUCGCUUUCACUCUCUGGUUCCGUAACCCGGGGCCCUGAGCCAGGCUGGGCUCUUGGGGUCUCUCCCUAGAGCCGUUUGGUUCUGCAGGGCCCAGUAGCACUGGACGGUGAACGGACCCGAGUCCUCGCUCCAGUUCCCUUUACCCAGAGGCCUCCCUGCCCUGCAGGACUCCCCAUGUGGACUGCCCUCCUAACCCUGACAAGUCUGGGCCCCGGGUCCCUGGGAGACUGCACCCCAGUCUGGCUGUGGGUCGCUCAGGAGAGGGAUCCCCACUCCGGGGUGCUCGGGGCAGCUUCCCCGACCCUCUGACCUCUGCAAACCAGCAGCCGUGCUAAGGGAAAUAAGGGGAAAGGGGGAAAGUUAAUGGAACAAGGGGCCCCACCCAAAGGGCCCAGGGAGACUAGAAACAACCAUCUCUGGGGCUGUAAGGAAAGGUCACUGGCUGCUCUUCACAUGUCCCAGCCUCCUGCCCCUGCCCUGGCUGCUCUGCGGUGACACCACAGGUCAGACACGUGCUCUGGCGGUGCCCACAUGCCCUCAGGCACUGGCUCCGUGGGUGCUCCAGGGAUGGAGCACCCACAGGGAAAAAAAUGGUGGGUGCUUAGCACCCGCCGGCAGCCAGCCUAUCAACACCUCUCCCUCCCCCCAGCGCCUCCUGCCUGUCAGCAGCCCCCCCGAUCAGCACCUCCCCCAGCCUCCCAGCACCUACUGCCUGCCACCAAUCAGCUGUUUCGUGGCGUUAGGAGGUGCUGGGGGGCAGGGGGGAGCGAGGGCCCAGCGGGCCAACAGCCCCUGACACUGGGCACAUGGACCGAGCCUGGGCAGAUUCCCUGGACUCUGGCCCAGGGCCUGUCCCCUCAGAAC